AUGCCGAGCGAGAACGCCUAUUACUACCGCUCCCCGCAACACCGCGACAACUACGUCUUGAGCUUCGCCAUCUGCUUCGACAAAGAACUCGACGUGUAUCAGUUCGCCCUCACUUACCCUUACUCUUACUCGCGGCUGAGGGCCUUUGUCGAGAACUUGGUGGAGAGGAACCUGCCCUAUGUCUGGAGGCACAACAUGGCCUUCACGGUGCUGAACCGCGAGUGUGACGUCAUAACGAUCGCCGGCCGCCACAACUACCGAGGCCCUGUGCAGGCGGCGACGGAGGCCAGGGCGGAGCAGGUCGUGGCGAUGACCCGGGUGUGCGCCAGCAAGAAGAGCGCGUUGCCCGGGGCUGCAGACCGCCCCCCCAUCUCCCCUGCCGCCCCCUCGUACCUGCAGCAGGAGCCCCUCGAGACUCCCGAGGCGGAGGGCGCGAAGGACGUCGCCGAUGCCGAAGGAGGCGGCGACGAAGGGGAGGGAGGGGAGGAACCUCCUGGAACCUUCUUGGACGUUCUAGAACCCUCUAGAACCUUCGAGAAUCUUAGAAAAAACCUUCUCAAUCGUUCCAGAACCUUCUCAAUCGUUCCAGAACCUUCUCAAUCGUUCCAGAACCUUUUAGAACCUUCCCUUCGUCUUCCCUCAGGUCCCCCGCGGUACCCCAGGCGCGUGGUGGUGGUGAUGGCGAGAGUCCACGGAGGAGAAUCCCCGACGUCCUUCAUGGUGCAAG